AAAAGAAAAAAAUCAUCACUAAACUCGUGAAACAAAUCCCAGCGGCGCCCCGUCCUCGUCCCAAUUCCCCUCAAAACCCUAACCUUUCUCCUCUUCGAUCCCAUCUUCUCCUUCGAUUCCUCUCUGCUUGGUCGAAAGCUCCUCUCAAGGGCUGCUACCUGCUUCCCAAUUCAAUCCUCGUGGGCUUUAAUCCAAGUGGUCAACCCUGGCGGGGCUCCGAGCCGGGUGAUGGCGGAUCCGCCUGGGUUUGCUGCCGUCGAUGGUCUGAGAGAUUUUGGAGACGUUGCUGAGGUUUAUGUAAGGUUUGUGUUCUGUUUUGUGCCCUGGAGUAAGGGUUUUGAAAGGAGGGAAGCAUGCUGAGCGUGCUGAGAGUUCACCUGCCGUCCGAGAUCCCCAUCGUUGGCUGCGAGAUCACGCCGUACGUCCUCGUCAAGCGCCCUGAUAACACUGUUUCAAACGAUGAUGUUCCGGAGACGGCCCCCGUCAACGGCCACCACAUAAGGUACCGCUGGUACCGCAUUCAAAGUGAUCGGAAAGUUGCAGUUUGUAGCGUACAUCCAACUGAACAGGCAACAAUACAGUGCCUAGGCUGUGUUAAAGCAAAGAUACCAGUGGCUAAGAGCUACCAUUGCUCAUCUAGGUGCUUCUCAGAUGCUUGGCAUCAUCAUCGUGCAUUGCAUGAUCGAGCAAGCAGUGCUGUAAGUGAAAAUGGAGCUGAGGAGGAAGAGUUGUUUGGGAGGUUUAAUAGUACUGGAUCAGGAGUUCUAAACACUGGCGUCACUGGUUCAGCAUCCAGUGGGCAGAGCCCGGGCCAAAAUAAUGGUCCAGUGCCUUCAUAUCCUGCAACUGUUGCAGAAAGAAAUGGAGGGGAAACAUGGUUUGAAGUUGCACGUUCUAGAACAUAUACACCAAUGGCUGAUGACAUUGGCCACACUCUGAGAUUUGAAUGUGUAAUUGUAGAUGCAGAAACAAGAAUUCCUGUGGGAGCUACAAAUACUGUAUUGACUUCUCGUGUGAUUCCUGCACCCUCUCCGACUCCCCGUCGCAUGAUUCAAGUGAAUGAUUCCCAAGGAGCUACUCCCUCUGGGACAUUCACAGUGCUCUCAUACAACAUUCUUGCUGAUGCUUACGCAACAAAUGAAUCAUACAGCUACUGUCCAUCAUGGGCUCUUUCAUGGCCUUAUCGAAGACAGAACCUAUUGCGUGAAAUUAUUGGUUACCAUGCUGAUAUAGUUUGUCUUCAGGAGGUACAAAGCGACCAUUUCGAGGAGUUUUUUGCACCUGAACUUGAUAAGCAUGGAUAUCAGGCACUUUACAAGAAGAAUACAUCAGAGGUAUAUAGUGGGAAUUUCAAUGCGGUAGAUGGUUGUGCAACAUUUUUUCGCCGUGAUAGGUUUUCACAUGUCAAAAAAUAUGAGGUUGAGUUUAAUAAGGCUGCACAGUCUUUAGCUGAUGCAGUCAUUGCAGUUAAUCAAAAGAAAGCUGCUUUAAACAGAUUGAUUAAGGAUAACAUUGCUCUAAUUGUUGUCCUGGAAGCAAAAUUCACUAGCCAUGGCACUGAUAAUCCCGGAAAAAGGCAACUUCUUUGUGUGGCAAAUACACAUGUAAAUGUCCCUCUAGAAUGCAAAGAUGUCAAGCUCUGGCAGGUGCAUACUCUCAUAAAAGGAUUAGAGAAAAUAGCUGCCAGUGCAGACAUUCCAAUGUUGGUAUGUGGGGAUUUUAAUUCAAUUCCUAAUAGUGCACCACAUACACUUCUUUCGAUUGGCAAGGUUGAUCCAGCUCAUCCUGAUUUGGCAAUUGACCCAUAUGGGAUAUUGCGCCCCAACAACAAGUUAUCUCACAAUCUUGUACUGGUUAGUGCGUAUUCAUCAUUCGCGAGAACCAAAGGUUUUGGUCCUCAAGCAGAACAAAGGAGGAGAAUAGACCAAUUUUCAAAUGAACCAUUGUUUACAAAGUGUACACGAGAAUAUAUUGGAACAGUUGAUUAUAUAUUUUACACAGCGGACUCCUUGACAGUUGAAUCAUUAUUGGAACUACUGGACGAGGAGAGCUUGCGAAAAGAUACAGCUCUUCCUUCUCCGGAGUGGUCAUCUGAUCAUAUAGCACUAUUAGCAGAAUUCCGAUGCAUGCCUAGGAUCAGACGUGGAUAGUGGAGCUAAAAUAAUUUUUUUCCCCUCUUGAAGCUCACAUAAGUCGGCGUGUGCCCUUGGAUUGUAGCUAAAGUAUCAUAUCUUGAACUUUGUUUAUAGUCAGGUGUUUAUGUUGCAGUAAAUUUAGCGGUUUUUUUCUGCAGGUCGUAUUAAAUGGGUCUUUUGUCAUAACCGAUAAAAGUUAUACGAAGUAACUAUUUGAAGAAGAGAGUUUCAUCUGACAAAAAUUUCUGAAAGGAAGUAGAAUUAUAUGUUGUUUUGCCUGUUUUCAAGAUGUUGUUCAGGGAGUGCUCAUUGAUGAUCCUCUUUGUAUCAUGUUUUAGUGUUUCAUAGAUUAUCAUAUGCUCAAUAUGGCUCUUAUUUUCGGUUUAUAUUUCCGAUUUCGCCGUCACUCGUGCUUAUCAUUUAUAGCAUCCCUAUACUAAUAUGAGCUCCAAUAUGAUUUUUCGCCUUUUUGUUUUUAA